UAUUGUCAUGCUGGCCAAGCAGGGAGAUUGAUAGAUAAACAAGCCCGGCUAGUUAUUAUAGGCUUAUUAUAGCUAGAAAAUAAAGGGAUUUAUUUCAGUAAGAAACACUACAACGCAUGAACAUUUUACUGCUGUAUGGAAAACGCAACAACGCAGCCAGAGUGGUGGGAGUUGCACCUUUUUGUGAAUAUGAACCAAGAAUGGUAGCCUACAUACAAAUGGUGACCUCAUGAAGCUGGUUGAGAGAAUGCCAAGAGUGUGCAAAGCUGUCAUCAAGGCAAAAGGUGUGGUAUGUGGUAUUAUUCCAUGUGUUAUUUCAUAGUUUUGAUGUCUUCACUAUUGUAGAAUAUUAGUGGAAAAAAGUAAAAAUAAACAAAAAUCAUGGAAUGAGUUGGUGUGUCCAAACAUUUGACUGGUAUUGUAUAUAAAAUGUUUUUUUUUUUAGAAGGAUUCAGGAGCCCGUGCUCAGUGAGUGUAGACAGCCUGCUGCCACUCUGCCAAUCGUCAGAUGGGCCCCCUACCUCCUCUCCUCCCCCAUGUGGGUAACUGGGGGGCCCUGCUUUGUUUGGAUAACUGAUUAAUAAUAAAUUAAACUGCAUAAUAAAUAAAUGUAACUGGCCAAUUGUGUGAGUCAGUGGCUGGGCUCAAACCCAUAGGGGCCCAAUAGUUUUUCAUUUAAAAAAAAUCUAACCACAGGAGCCAACUCGCAAUGUUCAAAAUACACAAGAGAGAAUAAUAUGUAUAUAUAUUUAAAACUAAGCCCAGGGCCUAUGAUUUCUUAAUCCGGUCCUGAACAGGGUAUAAUCGGUCUGUAGUUUCGCUGUUGACUACUGCCAGACCAGAGGUCCGAUAUGUCUCGUAAAGGCACUCACCUGGAUCGGUAAAGUAUGAGUAGAUCAAGAUAAAUCAAAAUAAUAUUUAGCAUGAGCCAUGAGUCUGUAACUACUGUGGAUAAUGCUAAGACUGUUGUAUACUUACACCUCUCUCUUUCCCUCUCUCUGUCUGUCUUUCUCUCACACACACAGAAUAUUCUUGGCAUCUCUGUCUUUUCUCUCAUGCUGCUACCUCUGGUGUUGUCUUGUGACAGCAACAGGACUAUGAGAGAGAUCGCUGAGGACUACGAGACUGUCAUCUACCCGCUUCUUCAGAACCUUGAGAACAACAUCACGGAAUCAUUAAAAGUGGUUAAUAAAACCUGCACGGAGAAGGAAAUCACUGAAUGUGAGAAGGAUAAAGAGAGACAGUUCAUCCACAACAUGCUGUGUAGCCAUACCAGACUCAUCAGGCUCUACAAGCUAGAGAGGCUCAAGAGAGACAUCCUGUGCUCACUGGGCCGUCACUGUCCUAGAAAACAGAGGAGUUCACAAGGACAGAGCGCACACCAUCAGAAUAGAAAGAAGUCAGAAGGAGAAAGGGAGGAGGAAAACAAGAAAAGUGAGGAGAACAGAGGGACCACAGAGGAAGGAGGGGAGAGGGUGGACAGUGGGAAACAGCAGAGACGAGAUAAAGGGGAGGGAAGGAGGAGCACAGAGGCGAUGGAGCGGAGGAGGAGACGGUGUGGACAGAAGGUGUUUGUGGACAGCUUGAACGGGUGCUACAUGUCCCUGGCUGAAAGAUAUGGAGGCCUGACAUGAGAGGAGAGACGUGGCCCGGAGCUAACCGCACCAAGAACCAACAAACUUACUGUAAAGUGUAUAGUUACUGUAAAGAAAACAAUGAUACCAUACGUCCUGUAAAGUAGUAUCGUCUUGCCAGACAUUUACUUAGAAUAAAAGUGUCUGCUAAAUAUUCAUCUUAUUAUAAUAGACAAAGGCGAAAAUCUCUGUGGUACCUAACAAAGUGUGAGGUGUUCUGUUGCGAUGAUGAAACUAGUGUCGUAAUGAUAAGUCUGUGGCACAGUGCAAUUAUGCUAAAGCUAACAAACAAAGAUGAUUGAUUGCUUGUGUACAAAUGAAGUGCACUUUUGAGUAGAGACUUGUAGCUCAUGAUGUCCCUCUUUCUGCUGCAGUGAGUGGUAUUGGGCAGUGAGCCUGGCCUCAGGUGUGUGACAGCGUUGCUUUAUUAUAGAAUGACAGUUUGAAAGCCUAUUACGCCAAGGAUGUUUGCUUUCAAGUCGGUGUCUUAACUGAAAUCCACAUAGGGCUACUAAAAACCUUCCCCAAAAGCUCCCUGUGAAAUUCAACCAACGCCUUUCGCACAAGCCCUUAUUUGAUGAAUGAAAUUCAUCUUGACCUGAUUUCAAGCUUUGUAGAGUAGUUGUCCAAGCAUAAGGCACCAUGAUAUCCUAUGUUGUCUUAUUGUAACUGUAGCAUUGGUUUUAGUACUAUUUAUUUCUAUUCUGAAAUCAUAUUGACUCAAGUGUUAACUUUACCCCUGUAAUCCUUUUAUUGUGUAGCACUUAAAUUAUCCCCUGCAUGUGUCAGAGCAAAAUAAGAAGUUUUGAUGUUGAUGUGAUCCUUAGGCCACUAUAACUCUACAUUAAUAGAGUUUAAACUGCCAUUGUGGUUUUGCCUGGGUGCCAGUCUGGUUCUGCUGUUGCCAUAUAGCACUUUCAAAGCCUGGAGAAGAAGGAGAAUAUGUGCAUGAAUUACUCUGAUCCUUAUAAUGUGACAAAGUGGUAGUUGUACAUGCUAGCAUGAUUAAUUAUGCGUUUAUAUUGUAACAUUUUAUUUUGUUUAGUGUUUUGUUGCUCAAGUAUUUGGUGAAUAGUGUCUUAUGUUGCAUUCAUAACCAAGUGGGAAGGUGGUAAUUACCUGUUGUGAAGUCAUAUUGAGUUGGAUGCAUUCACAUGCUUUGAACUCGUUGAGAAUGCUGCGUCAAACCAGAAACUGAAAGUAUAGCUAUCAUGCUUAAACGAAUGAUAGUCUUCAAAAACAAUACGAAUAGAUUUCUUUUCAUAAAUAAUGUUUCUUGUUGCAUUUAACUGUUGAAUAGGUGAAUUCAGCAUGUGGGAGAAGUGGUAGCUCAGGGAUCAUAGACGAGUUUCCCACUAGUAAUUGCGAGUUGGAAGGGCAUUCCAGGGGAUUUUUCCCAGUUGUAUAGUCCUAUGUACGAAUUUAUGAGGUCUUAUAUAAAGAGCUUCAAAAUAAAAAACAAAACAACCAAUACAAAUGAGUAGCUUAGCUAUAGUAAAGGUCAACCAAUAGAGGUCAAGUCUUUGAGUGCAUGUGUCCUCCAAAGAUGGAGAGGGGCAGUUCAUGGCUUGAUCAGGUGGUCAGGGAGUUGGUUGACGAAGAGUCUGGUGACGAUCAUGUAGAGGGCUUCUCUGGGAAACAGCCUAAGUCAUGUAGCUACUGGACUUCUCCCUCACAAUCUAUGGCACCCACUUGGGUGAACCCCCGGCAGGUCUAGGCAUCAGUCGUCCUCAUUAUGAGCCCUUUGCCUCAGCACUCCAAUUCCUCUCAAGUGUGAGGUGCCUCUUCAAUUGAUGUUUUCAAACUCCAAAGAUCAGGAACCAGCAGCUAGGUGAAACAAAGAAGCUGGUACAAUGUCUAGAUGCAUCAUUCAAACAAAAAUAAUGUGCCAGCUAACUAGCUAGCCAAGCCAAAGAGUGGACCUGCCAGUCCAUCUUCAAAUCUGUGGGUUAAAACCCCGCAUGGAUAUGCAAUAAAACUCAAUGCUAUAAAAAACAGCUGAUAAAAAUAUAUAUUUAAAACACUUACAAAUGAUGAAAUAUGUUCAUAUUUACAGGAUCUCUCUGCUUAGGUUGCUACUGGGGCGCUAUGGAGACUAUAGAACUAAUAAUAAGCCCAUUUGGGCUGGCCACCAAAUGGUGUAUGACAUGGAAAACAAAGAGAGAACAAACAUAUCAGGCUGAUUGUGUUAUCCAUGUACUGUAUGCUAUGUAUUAUACUCUACCAAGGACUGCAAAUAUAUUUUUAUAUUCAA